CAACCACGACGACGGCCAUUUAUUUAUUUGCUUGUGCUGCACUAGUUCUUCGUCAGCUGCAAAACCAAACACAGCUGCAGCGUAAGCUUGCAGGGCUCCAGAGAUCAGGCAGCAAUGGCCAGCCCGGUUGCAAACACUACUAGUAGUAAGCGCUGCCGCCUCCUGCUCCUCGCCGCCGCCGUGGCUCUGACGAUCCUGGUGCCGCCGGUGUCGGCACAGUGGCGCCCUGUGCGGCUGCGGGUGUACGUCCAGGAGGUCCUGGACGGGCCGGGGCAGACGGAGAAGCUGCUGUUGAGGGGCCCCGGCCCGGCGAACCCGUCCUUGUGGCCCCCGCACAACUACUUCGGCGACACGGUGGUGAUGGACGACCUCGUCACCGAGGGCCCCGCCAACGACUCCGCGCCCGUCGGCCGCGUGUAUGGCAUCUACAUGACGGCCUCCAUGAGCCGCCCGGUGUACACGGUGAGCUUCACGCUGCUGCUCUCAACGGGGCCCUACAAAGGGAGCACGCUCGUGAUGGCCGGCAUCGACGACGACUCGAUGCCGGUCAGGGAGCACGCCGUGGUGGGCGGGACGGGCGCGCUCCGGGGGGCCCAGGGUUACGUGCUGGGCGUGGUCAUGCCAGUGUCGUCCCAGUACGUAGUGAUGGAGCUGGACGUGCACGCGUCCGUGCCGGAGCCGACGAACAAAGCCAAAGCGGCUGCCUCUCAUCUCAUAAUGGACCUGUAAUCCACUAGCUUGCUGCUAAAUAAUCGUUCAUUGUGCCCCCUACUGCCCUUUGCUUCGAUGGGUACGUGCUAGCGCUGCGCCUCUUGCUGCUACACCAUGGUGAGAAAUAAAAUAAAUUCGCCUCCUCCUGGCCCAGAUCUCA